GACGCCCUCGAGUCCUAAAAGAGGAACAUAAACAGCAGAAAAAGAAACUUAAAAAGAUUUGAAUCAUUUAACGAAUAAGAUAAGAACUUAUAGUAUAGUAUAUAUGUAGCAGACAUAAGAGGAUAUUUACAGUCAUUCAGAGAGGAUAAUAACAUGAGUCAGUGCGCGUGCACAGAUGUGAUGGAUCAACAGUUUGACUGACUGACGGGAUCGCCAUGUGCUCACGAAAAGAGAAGUGAAACCAGUUCCCCCCCAGCAACCCAACAGUCACAUCACAGAGACCGGUGUGUGACACGAUCAGACCGGAUCAGACCCGUGCAUCAGACAUGUGGUGGUUUCAGGAGGGUUUGUGUGCUCUGCCCGCGGCGCUGGUGGUGUGGACCGCUGCCACCUUCGUCUUCGCAUACAUCACGGCGGUCAUACUGAAACACGUGGACCCUCUAGUGCCCUACAUCAGUGACACCGGGACGGUAGCACCGGAGAGAUGUGUGUUUGGAAUCAUGCUGAACGUGUCGGCCUUCUUAGGUGUGGCUACGAUGUACGUGCGCUAUAAGCAGGUGCAGGCGCUGAUAGACGCUGGCGGCACUCGUCUGCAUCUUCUCAACCGCGUGGGCUUGGUGCUGGGCUGCGGCAGCUCUCUCGGCAUGUGUGUGGUGGCUAACUUCCAGAAAACCACUCUGUUCUCCAUGCAUCUGGUCGGCGCUGUGUUGACGUUCGGCGUCGGCGCUCUGUACAUCUUCGCCCAGACCCUGCUGUCCUAUCACAUGCAGCCUCACAUCCACAGCAAAAGCAUGUUCUGGACCCGUCUGAGCGUGGGGAUGUGGACUUUAGCCAGCAUCAUCAGCAUGUUCGUAUCGUCCGUCAUCAUGUACAGCACCUUACCUGGAGUAGAAGUCAACAAGAAGUUACACUGGACCCCUGGAGAACCCGGUUACACGCCUCACAUCAUCAGCACCAUCUCUGAAUGGUCUCUGGCUCUGUCCUUCAUCAGCUUCUUCUUCACGUACAUCAGAGACUUCAAGAAGAUCAAUCUGAGAGCGGAGGCGGAGCUUCACGGCGAUCACCUGUAUCACUCUCCUCAUUACCGGGACGUCCCCGAGACGUCACCGCUGCUGGCCGGGAGCAUCUGAGAGUCCAGCAGGGGGCAGCAACACUCAGGGAUGACAAGUCUCAAGUUUAUUAUAGCAGAAUCCAGUUUUCUUCUGCAUGUGGAGUGUUUGCUUGUUUUAUAUCUUGAUAUUAAUGUUUGUUUCUUACGGUUUUUAAUGACAUGUGUUCUCAUUACUGUAACGACUAUUAUUCAUGUGUUUAUACAUCAUGAUACUAAUUCAAGUGUGUAUGUACUAAAGUGAAAAUAACCUCACGCUCAUUUAAACGCACUUCUUUUUCAUAAUAAAAGAUCAAUUCUUUAAA